CGUGUGGUCUGAGGCGUGAAAAUGUCUCUCGUCUGGUUUCCGUCUUCGCUGUUUGAUCGAGGUUCUUUGUGUCUCUUCUAUUUGUUCAAUCUGUUGACAGGCUCAAUCUGAUUUUACCGUCAUUGUUCAGUCAGACAGGAAGGACCAGAACUCUGUUCUCUACAGGUCUGAAGGUAGAACGUGUUCUUUAGUUUAGUAGACGGAGAACUAAACUCUGUUCUCUACAGGUCUGAAGGUAGAACGUGUUCUUUAGUUUAGUAGACGGAGAACUAAAAUCUGUUCUCUACGGGUCUGAAGGUAGAACGUGUUCUUUAGUUUAGUAGACGGAGAACUAAACUCUGUUCAAAAAGACAAAGAUUCUCUGAAUAACAGAAGAAGAAAUCAGCUGCAACCAAACUGAUUCUACAUCCAGUUCUUCAGGAUUCUUGUAAAAACUGUUCCACGUCUUCAUUUGUAAACUGAUUGACAGCGGAGGGGGCGCAGCCAGCAGAGAGGACUUCAGACGGCAACCAUGUUGGUUCUGGUCCGGUUAUUGAUCCUGAUGAUGAAGAUGAUGAUGAUGAGUGAGGGUCGUCUCUUCCUGUCGUACUCUGUUUCCACGGUGACCAUCACAGCACAAAGCGGGGGGGCCGUCCUGCUGUCCUCAGACCUUCAGGUGUUGAAGAGCAGACAGGACAUCAGGUGGACCAACACACACCUGGUGAUGUCACUGAGGACCAACGUGACGAUGUGUCACCACGGACGCUGCGAGCUGCUGAGUGACGGCUCGCUGAGAUUCAACCGUGUUCAGACCGAAGAUGCAGGAAGCUACAGCCUGGAGGUGUUUGAUGAAGACGGGAAGCUCCUGAUGAAGAAACACUUCCUGCUCAGCGUGGAGGUCUGUCUGUCAGCAGAUACCAGCAGCAGUACGGUGGCGUCUGUGCUGGUCUGUUGCCUUCUCCUCCUCCUCCUGCUGUUCUUCAUCAUCCUCUUCUUCCUCAGGAGGAGGAGGAACCAGAGGAUGAGGACUCCAGGUCCACUGGAGGAAAAUGUAUAUGUGGUGAUGCACAGUCACCAUGGCAACAAGAAGAAAGAUGGUGAUGAUGAGGAGAAGCAGGAGUCUAAUUAUGUUUCCUGUAAUCCUGCUGUUUCUAUGGAAACACCAAUGCCAGAGCAGAUGGAUGAAGACAUCUACGUGUGACAGCCAAUCAGAGCUCUCCUUAUCUUCAGGGUGCUGCGCCUCACCUGGAUACAACUCACCUUCAGUUUGCAGCCACUGUGUUCUACCUGUUGUUCAUUCUUCAGUCAUUAUUCUAUCAAAAAAAUAAAGUAAACUUGUAUUUAGGCCUUUUAGAUUCCGCUAUUUUUUCAAUACAAGAAGAGCAAUGAGAUGAAAACUAAGUGAUCUGAGAUUUUAGAGCACAUGAAGUUAAAACAGAUGGUUUCAGAUUCACUACUGAACUACUGCUUCUCUUUU